GAUAAAGCAGUAGGAAAUUGCCAUUCGCAAUUUCCGUCACAAUAAAACUAGAGUAGAGCUGUCCUAUCUGAAACAGAAGGAAGCGUAUUCCCGAGAAUUGGACUAUUAUUGCUCGACUGGAUUAUCAUUUAAACUGGACUAGAGUGAACCUUCGAUGGAAAGGUGGACAGCUUGAGUGUCCCAGUGGUUCACGAGAAACUAUACUCUAGAAUUCAAACUUGUUCCUGUUAUUGAAACUAACAAACAUUAAACUCAUUUAGUUACAUUAUUUAAUUCUCGAGUUGUUUACUAACUUAAUUACUCCCAGUUCUUGAGCGUGCUACGAUGCAAAAUGAUGGGUUCUUGAAUAAGAGAUGGAGUCGAAUAAUUCGUUAAAUCAAAUAGGGGAUCACAAGCAUUGCAGUUUCUGUUUCGGCUUCUAUGAAAGUUCGCAUGGACAACCUGUCUGUAACACAUGCCAUCUGUUCUUAUUUGCGCUAGAUCCAGGCGAACUUGAACGCUCAUCUGCGACUGAAGAUGAUCAAAAUGGAGAGGACGAGCAAAGUUUGGACUCUGGAAACGAGGAACCUGUUGAUCACCCGGAACUUGUUGAUGGAAGCGGCGAUCACGAGUUAGCUUUGAUGAACGGCAUUGAAGACUCCAGAGGCGCGUGUACAACAACAGAGCAGUCAAUACAUUCAAUGCGGUCAUCAAGCAAUGCAGCUAUUCUAGACUCCGUAGACGUACUCCCUGGAGUUCAGGAUGAACUGAAUAGAAGAAUUCGAGCCCUCUCAAAUUAUAGACCUCCUCAUUGCGUGUUCUCAAAUUCCUUCAAUAACUCAAGUGAAGUCUCGAAUUGCCGGACAACAUCUACCUCAACUGCUGGACACAAUAAGCAAGUGGUCGACAGGGUUCCAGAAGAACUUCUUGUCACUAAAAUCUUCCCUCACCUCGACGACGUCCAACUUUUUAUGUGCAGUAAAGUUUGUCGUCGCUGGCAACGAAUAAUCUUGUCUUUAGGUUUACCUUGGCGGAAUUUUGUCAUGAGUCGCUGGCCUCUGUUUUCUCCUCAAUACGAAGUGAUCGACUGGUACGAGGCAUACGGUCGCUUAGUUGAUUCAACAUUCUGUCAUCGAUGUCUAUGGUCAAUCACGCCCCUUGAACUAGUCAAUGUAGAAUGUCCUCACUUAAGCAGCGGAGUACUGCAGAACACUACAAAUCAGAAUCGCGUACAAAAUACUUUACACCCCCAAGCAGUUAACAGAGGCUGGUCAAUGCCAGCCAGUUCAAGCGCUUCAAACAAUUUUGUAGGUGUUACUGGCCGACAGCCUCCUGUUUUAAACCAAAAUGUACCUCAGCGAAAUUUCUGGUCAACAAAUUUCACUCAUUCGGCUUCUGCGGGGUUUAUUUCGUCAGCGUUAAGUUCAAGAGUAGACCAAGACUCGUGGCGCAACCGGCGACUUCUGAGCGAAUUUCAGAAUCUUAAAUGCGACCCAUUUCUAGGAAUUGAUGCUGUGAGAUUGGAUCCAGGCGGGUACUUGUGGCAAGCAUCCGUUGAAGGUCCCCUGGGUACGCCUUACGAGGGGGGCGUUUUCUUCAUCUUUAUGUUCAUUCCGGAAAACUACCCUUUGAAGGCGCCCAUAGUUCGCUUCCAGACUAAAAUCCUGCACCCCAACGUCAGUGUGCACGGAGACAUCGGCAUAGAGUCCAUUGGAGGAGCGAAUUGGAUCCCAACCCUCACCCUCUCUAAGGUGCUGCUGAGUGUGUUAUCUCUUCUCACGGACCCAAACUGUGAAAUAUUUAUGAAUGCAGAAGCUGCGAGACUGUACAGAACUGACCAGAAUAGAUUCAAUCGGUUGUCCAAAAUAUUCACAUACAAAUACGCCAUGAUUGAUUAUAUAAGUAAUUGAUAUGAAAAGAAGGAA